AGCGACGAACGAACAAAAGAACGAACGAAGACAUGGAGCGUGAGGAGGGAGAAGAAGAAGAGGAGGAAGUGGAGGAGGAGUAGCAAUAGCAGUGGCGAGUUGUGAGUUGUUGCAGGGAUCCGAGCUCUCUCCAUUCCUGGACUGGACUGAUUGGAAGCAAGCAAGCGCACAGAGCUCUACACGGUCUUAUUGGAUUGCUGGCGAAGGAAAGGAAACGAAAGGCAAGGAAAGGCAAGGAAGGAAACGAAAGGCAAGGAAAGGCAAGGAAGGAAAGGAAAGGCAAGGAAAGGGAAGGUACUGGAGGACUCGAAGCAUUUGAGAAAUCCACGAUUUGGAAGAGAGCAGGUCCUAUAGUUUCGUUUUUUUAUCGCGGUGCUGCUCUCGGAAGGUUUAUGAGUGGGUCCAAUUUGGUCUGGAAUUGGUAUUUGUGUUCUUGGUUGACCGGCCACUUACAAUACAUGGAGACCUUCCUGUAACACGCAAUCGACGUUUUUUUUAUGCUGUGAAAUAAAGAAGCCUGGAGUAUCGAUCGCGUUGCGUUUUGUUCACGUCAGCAUAAGCAAUGGCGAAAGGGAAAAAGCUCAUCAACGAUCCCAAUGAUGUUGUCAAAGAGUUGAUCGAGGGAAUGGUGGAGACAUACCCACACCUCACGUACCUUGAUGGCUUUCCUGAGGUUAAAGUGGUGUUGAGGUCUGACAUCAAACGUGGCAGUUACAAUAAAGUUGCUGUUAUAUCAGGUGGUGGAAGUGGCCAUGAGCCAGCUCAUGCUGGAUACGUUGGUGAGGGUAUGCUUACAGCUGCCAUAUGUGGGGAUGUAUUUUCUGCUCCUUCGGUUAAUGCAAUUUUAGCCGGAAUUCGCGCUGUUACUGGACCUCCCGGUUGUCUGCUUAUUGUGAAGAAUUAUACGGGGGACCGCCUGAAAUUUGGAUCUGCUGCUGAACAAGCCAAGGCAGAGGGCUUCAAAGUUGAGAUGGUGAUUGUAGGGGACGACUGUGCGCUUCCACCUCCGCCCCGAGGUCCAGUUGGCCGACGAGGAUUAGCUGGGACUUUAUUUGCUCACAAGGUUGCUGGAGCAGCAGCGGCUGAGGGGCGCCCUCUUGCUGAAGUUACAGCAGAAGCACGCCGGGUUGCAGGGAUGGUAGGAACAAUGGGGGUUGCUUUGACAGUAUGUACAGUUCCUGGACAGAACACUUCUGAUCGACUGGGACCUGGGAAGAUGGAGCUGGGUUUAGGCAUUCAUGGUGAACCAGGAGCUUUGGUAGCUGAUUUGCAGCCUGUGGACGUCGUAGUGUCUCACAUCCUGAAUCAAAUCCUAAACAAGGAUACGAAAUACGUGCCUAUUAAACGGGGCAGUCGAGUUGCGCUUAUGGUGAACAGUCUUGGAGCAACGCCAAUGAUGGAGUUGAUGAUUGCUGCUGGAAAAGCCGUUGCCCAACUGCAAAUAGAGCAUGGUUUAGCAGUAGAGCGUGUUUACACGGGCUCCUUUAUGACAUCCCUUGACAUGGCAGGGAUGUCUCUAUCUGUGCUGAAGGUGGACGACCCUAUUCUCAAAUCACUUGACUCUGCAACUCAGGCCCCGGCAUGGCCUGUUGGAGUUGGUGGACCCCGUCCUUCGACAACAUUGCCCGUUGCCCUCCCACCUGCACCAGCAAACCUCAAACCGGUUGCAGUUCGCCCUCAUGAAUUGAGCUCUCAAGGUCAAAAAUUGGAUUCUGCAAUCAGAGCUGGUGCCCAAGCAGUGCUAAAACUCAAGGAUUCACUGAAUGAAUGGGAUUUAGUGGCUGGAGAUGGAGAUUGUGGAACGACGAUGGCCAAGGGAGCAAGGGCAGUUCUUGAAGACUUAGAUAAGCAGUAUCCUCUAAACGAUGCUGCCGCCACUGUUCAUCAGAUUGGCUGCUCGAUUAGAAGAGUGACAGGUGGCACAAGUGGAAUAUUGUACGAUAUAUUCACCAGAGCAGCAUUCGUGAUCCUGAAGGAGGGUGGGAGUUCAGUUACGGCUAAGACCUGGUCUGCAGCCUUUGAAACAGCCGUUGCUGCGGUAAGCAAAUAUGGAGGAGCGUCAGCUGGUCAUCGUACGUUAUUGGAUGCCUUAAUACCUGCUUCAGUCACUCUGCAAGAGAAAUUGGCUGCUGGAGAGGAUCCAUUGAAGGCAUUCAGCGACGCUGCAGAUGCUGCGGAAGCAGGUGCAGCAGCUACAAAGACAAUGAUGGCACAGGCUGGCCGGUCUAGUUAUGUACCUGAGCACAUCCUUGCAACAGUUCCAGACCCUGGAGCGAUGGCAGCCGCUCAGUGGCUGAAAGCAGCUGCGAAAGCUUUACUCCCCUCUCCAUAGUACCACCACUUUUUGUCUUGGUCAUAGAGGAUGGUUGCUGUGUGGUUCCACCCUUUCUUUCAUUGAUGCUAUAAUUUUUUUGACUGGACGUUUAUCCACGACCCAGCACCCUGAAUGACCUUUCUUGGAGGAUUCUUCAGCAUCAUAGUUGGAGAAAUGUAGGUCACUCUAAUGUCUGGUUUCGAUCAGGCUUUCCCUGUCUUUGACAGGUGAGAAUAACAUUUAUGGUAAAGGUCAAGCGAGGAGGUGGUUUAGGCUUUCGUUCUCUAACAUUCUUGUUUCCCAUGUUUCCCUUGCAAAUAUAUGUUGUCGCUUCUGAGCUUCAAAAAACACUUUAGCACAGUUGAAGUCACUGUUGGGUCAGGUUUUCCUGAAUCACUACAAA